GAGGGUCAUCACAAUUUUUAAUGGUGGGAGUGGAGGGCAUCAUCCAUCAUUAACCAACAAAACUGAAAAUGGCGCUAAUAAUCCACUCCUCAUCAUCACAUCUUCUCCUCAAGAAACCCCAUCUUCCUCUGCUUCUUCUUCACUCCCCUCCCAAACCACCACCACAAUUCAUCGUCAAAUCCCAAAACUCCUCCACAGAACCUCCAAAACCCGCUUCCCAAAUCAAUGUCUCCUCAUCUUCUCUCGACCCACCACCCAAAAAACUCUCCUCGACUGGCCUAGGGUUUGGCUCUUCAUCUUCGUCUUCCAAGAAAUCGAAGGUGAAUCCAGUUAGUACCAAGAAGAAACAGAGUAGUAGGAGAGAGAGGGCCUCGAUUAUUCGCAGAUCGCCGGUCGAGAAACCAGAGUUUGUUUCGAAGCAACAAGAAGAAGAUGGGGCUCAGGAAAAUGAUCAGCUGAAGAAUGAGAGUGCUUUCCUUCUUGCGUGGUUGGUUCUCGGUUCGAUUGUUCUCAUAGAGGGUAUUGCUCUGGCUGCUUCAGGCUUUCUACCAGAAGAGUGGGAUAAAUUCUUUGUCAAGUAUCUAUACCCAUCAUUUACGCCGACAGUCUUCUUGUUUGUUGCGGGAACAGUUGCUUAUGGAGUGCUCAAGUAUCUGCAAAAUGAAAACCUUCAAAUCAAAAAAUGAUCUUCACAAAAGAUAAGCAAUAUUUAUGGGAUGUAAGAGUAGGCUUCUCUUAUAAAUUAUUUGGGUUGGGACAAUUCAACAGUUUUUUAUUUUUAUUCUUAGGCUAUAUUGACUGUGUCUUUGCUUGUUAUCCGUUUUAUCCUGUAGAGUAUGGUGUCUAAUUACAUGAAGGUAUUACUAAAAUGAGAAAUUUGUAGAAGAUUUUUUUUAAUUAUUGUAUAUUUUAAAUUUCGACAUUAAAUGGGUCCUUCUAAGCAAUUGGACUAAGGUUUUUAGUUCCACACAGGUACUAAGUAGCCAAUUGCUCAUUCUAUUGAACUAAAUGGGUAAUGUUUAGUUUGUUGUA